AUGGAGGUCAAACGCUCCAAGAAGCAUAUAUCCACUCCGAGCAAGUCUGGUCGGCACUCAGACCAACCACGCAAGAAACCACGCCUUUCCGCCCCUGCCGGUAACUCCCAUGCAUCGUCCUCCAAGGACCCGUCGUUACAGAAACAGCGGAAGGAGCUUCCCAUCUACACCGGCAAGGAGGCAAUCGUGGAUAUCAUCCGCCAGAACGACGUAACUGUGUUGAUCGGAGAGACUGGCUCUGGAAAGACUACUCAGGUCCCGCAAUACCUCCUCGAAGCUGGCUUCGCAGGGCCCGGCAUGAUCGCCGUCACCCAACCGCGCAAAGUCGCAGCCACUUCCCUUGCAUCGCGCGUCGCGGCAGAGCAGGGCACCUCUGUCGGCGCAGUCGUCGGGUACUCCGUCCGUUUCGACGAAGCGUCGUCCCCGGACACGCGGAUUAAAUAUGUCACAGACGGUAUGCUCGUGCGCGAGCUCCUUGGGGACCCGCUUCUUUCACGGUACAGCGUGGUCGUCGUGGACGAGGCACACGAGCGGACACUCCGCACCGACCUCCUCAUCGCGAACCUAAAGACCAUCCAAAAGAUUCGCAACGUGCCCACAGAUGCUAAGGGUAAAGGGUCCGCGGCCAAGCUGACGCCAUUGAAGGUGGUCAUCAUGAGUGCCACGCUCGAGGCCGAGAAAUUCAGCAAGUUCUACAACAAGGCGAAGAUCGUGUAUGUGAAGGGCAGGCAGCAUCCGGUGACCAUCUACCACACAUCGACCGGUCAGCCAGAUUACGUAGACGCAGCCUUGCGGACGUUCUUCCAAAUUCACACCGACAAGCCGCAGGGCGACGUGCUGAUAUUCCUGCCUGGACAGGAGGACAUCGAGAGCCUCGAUAAAUCCAUCCAGCUCUACGCCAAUCAGCUGCCGAAGGAUGCGGCUGGAGUACUCAUCUGCCCCAUGUAUGCGGCCCUUCCCCCGAGCCAACAGGCGAAGAUAUUUUCGCCUGCGCCGCCCGGUAUGCGCAAGUGCAUCCUCGCCACCAAUAUCGCUGAGACGUCGAUCACCAUCCCCGGCAUAAAAUACGUCAUCGAUACCGGCAAGUGCAAGGAGAAGCGAUACGUAGCACGACAAGCCGGGACCGGCUUCGAUACCCUAUUGACUCGAGAUAUCACGCAGUCCUCCGCUGUGCAGCGUGCGGGUCGUGCCGGCCGUGAAGGCUCAGGCUUCUGCUUCCGCCUGUACACCGAGGAUGCCUUCAAAAAUAUGCCGCUCACUGCGGAACCGGAGAUCCGCCGGUGUACGCUCACGUCGAGCCUGCUCCAGCUGAAAUGUCUCGGCCAGGACCUGGAAGAGCUCGACUUCAUGGACAAGCCGGACGAGGAGACCGUGAUCUCCGCGCUCAAGACGCUCUUCCUCCUCGGCGCGCUCGACAAUCGCAAGGCGCUCACCCCGCUCGGCCGGCAGAUGGCCGCCUUCCCGCUCGAGCCCCCGCUCGCACGCGCACUCAUCGCCUCCACGGAGCUCGGAUGCACAUCCGACGUACUCACCAUUCUCUCCGUGCUCUCGGCGUCUUCGCAUCUGUUUGUGGACACGCACGACGCGCGCGAUGCCGCCGCGGACGCCCGCCGCAAGUUCCGACACCCCGCCGGGGACCACCUCACCGUGCUGAACGUCGUGCGCGCGUACGAGGACGUCGCGGCGGGCGAGAGCAAGGCCGGGCGCCGCGAGUGGUGCCGGCGCAUGUUCCUAAACGAGCGCUGUCUCAGCGAAGCUGCGAACAUCCGCGCGCAACUCCGCGACGUGUGUGCGCACAUGGGCGUCGACCCGCGCACGGGGUCGGGCGGGGGUGACAGUGAGGUGCCUGUGCUAAAGGCGCUCGUGCGCGGACUGGUGCAGAACACGGCGUUCCUGCAGCCGGAUGGGUCGUACAAGCAGGUCAUGGGUCCUUCGAUUGUGAAGAUCCAUCCGAGCUCAUCGCUUGCCGAUAAAAAGGUGCCAGUUAUCAUUUACGACGAAUUGAUAUACACCACACAGGUCUACGCCCGCGGCGUGUCGGCGGUGCCGCGGAGCUUCAUUGCGGAGGUGCCGGUCUUCCAGCAGCGCACUGGUUGAACGGCCGUCGCACCUCCCUUCAAUGAUGCUGUUUGCCGUUUUUGUUCACAUGUAAUUGCUAUCACCGGAUACCGCGAGCGCUCUCCCGCCACUGCUACAUAUUACGAGGAUCAAAUACAG